AUGAGCGAAACAGAGCUCGGACUGACGAGUGAGCUCGCUUUCGAGCGGCUCAUCCACGAGGCCAAAUCGACAAUCGCCGAAUGGUAUAGUGUUCAUGUCGUGAAGUGCGUUCUGCUCCAGCAAAACAUUUCGAAACAAUUUGCAGCAAACUGAAACCGGACGCGCACGGGCCGCCGAACAAAUGCCGCACAUUUUCGCACUACUUUUGCACACGCACCUUUUUGUUCAUUCGCAUCUCGCUGCUUUUUCUCAUCGUCGGAUCCGUGGACGUGUGAGUUGUUCCGCGCUUUUCGAAUGCGCACACGGCGACCAAACGUGUAGAAAGGGGGGCGUGGCCUAAUCUGAAACGCGUUUUCUGAAAAUUGCCGCAAUUUCAGCACUUUUUCGAUAUUUUUGUGUGUUUGAUAUCGACGAAAGAAGAGACAUUAAAGAGAGAAAACAGUGAAAUUUUCGUGAAAACGCCGCGUUUGAGUCGUUUUUGGCAUAUUUCGCAAUUCGGAAUUUUCAUACCGGCCGAUCUGAAUAUUUUUGAGACGAAGUGAGUGUCGGAAGUGAUUAAGCACGUUAAUACAAGAAUUUUAAGCGCUGAAACGGCAAAAAGUAUCGGUGAAUGACUGAAAUUCGCGCAUUUUCAGCACAAAACUUGAAAAUCGAUUCAAUUGAUUCAUUUCUGAAUGAAACCUGCUCGUUUUAAGCUCAAAAAGUGCGCGAAGAUUAGUUUAACAAAAGCUAUGCAAUUACAUCGUCGAAACCCGUACAAAAUUUGGGUAAUUUUUGACAAAAACAUGUGAAAAAUGGGGUUAAAUUUCGAUGUUCGCGCCAAAAUGGUGAUAAACCGUGCACGCUAGGCCACGCCCCUUUCUUGUAAGUUUUUGGUCACCGUGUUAAUGCCAACUUUUGCCUGCGAAUUGCAGUGAGAACCGAGUAACGCUGUCGUCGGUGGUGAUCUACGGCCUCCUCCUCCUCUACACGGUCCUCCUCGAGGUGUGGCAGAAUCGGAUUCGCUCGACGGCGUUUCAGCAAAAGUAUCGGAGGGCGUUCGAGCAGAUUGUGCACUUGGAGCACUCGAAGCCCGCGCGAUUCGAGUACCCGAAGAGUUUGGAGGCGGUCACCGACGACGUGGCCGUCGUGCAGAGUUGUCUGAGGGACGGCGAGGUUGUCGAGGUGCCACGGCUACUUCUAGUCAUCGGAGACGUCAUCCUGUUCCGGCCCGGACAGGUAAGACAUGUCUUCAGACCAGCGCUGGGCAAUUGUUUUGUUUCAGCCCAAUCGGAUCAUCUGGACCCGAGAUAUGUGGAUCAUUGGCCAAAAUUGGCCGGAAGCCCGGGCUUUGAGCCACAUAUCUUGGGAGCCGACGAUCCGAUCGGGCUGAAACUUGGUCCCAACGGCCCUCAAUCCAAGUCCAACAAUCCUGCAAAGUUUGGCGCCGAUCGGAAUUGUUCAAGCGGUUCAAAAGUCCAGGUCCCAGCCCUGUUCCAGACGAUUGUUCGGAUCUGAAGCCGUUUCAGACCAAAGUUCAGCUGAAAACAUGUUUUUAAGGCAAUUUUCUGCUAGAAACGUGUUUCCAGACGAUUUCAGAACGUGUCGUAUGGACCAAUACAGUCCAGUAAAAUACUGGUAUUUUACGCAAAAAAAAACCCGAUUCAAAUGAGGAAAAAACUGGGAAAAAAACCCCUCGGAGAAGAGGUUUUUUUCCUGCUGUUCGUUGCGAGACACCCGCGCUUAAAUGGCAUGCGCCUUUAAACACAACCGGGCGCGGUCAUUUAAAUUGUUUAAAGGCGCAUGCCUUUAUUAGCACGGGUCUCGCAACGAACAGGGUUUCCACACACUGGAAAAAACCUCUUCUCCGGGGUUUUUCUCCCGGUUUUUUUCCUCAUUUGAAUAGGGGGUUUUUGCGUAAAAUACCAGUAUUUUCCAGGGUCCACUAGAGUCUUUUCAGGUGGCUCCCUGCAAUUGCGAAACUUUCGAUGGACGUGUGCUGGCCGAAGGCGACCGCCUGCGUUGGGAGAUCAAGACGGACCCGAAAUCGAAUGCAGUCCAUCCUCUGGAGCCGGUCUACGUGAGUCCCAUAUUUCUAGCGUAAUCCUAUCGGCUACUACAGGCUCGCGUGACGUGCUAUCCCAUCAAAUCGCACCUCGAGACGACGCUUUCGUCGGACGACACUCCCUUGCAGUUCGACUACCAACUACAGUACAUGAUUCACAAAGUCUUCGAGCACUUUGUCAUUCCCAUCACACUUUUGAGCUCCGCGCUGGGCACGCUCGUCCGCUUUUGCUACGCCGACGAUGAGAAUUUGUUCGGUACUCGGUGAGGGGCUUGAAAAAAAAAGAGAAAAAAUGUUUAUAAAAUUCAACAGUUUCAGCUUCAUAUUCGCCGUGCCCAGUCUUACCGUACUCCCGCUGCUCAUUCUUCAACUUCCACUUCUACUCCACUUUGUGAAGUUUAUGAACAAUCGCGAAGUUGCGAAAUUUCUUGCGUUACCCGCGAAUUUUGAGUCGUGCAAGGAUUUGGUGAGCAUUUUGUCGAGCAUCACCGGCACCAGUUUUAUCGACAAAAAGGGGAUUCUGUCGUGUGUUCAUCCGUCCAUUGAAAAAGUUGUGUUUGCGACGAAUCAGGCUGGUGAGUGGUGAUCCAAUCUCAAAUCUAGCUAGAUUUUCGAAUUUUGACACCCAUGAAGCUCUACUUACAUUUCAAGUUACAGACGAGUCCGGAAUGCUCGGAAUCCAUUUGGAAGUGAUGAACUUCUCGUCGGAUUUGGAAAACACUUGUGGCAAAUGGACAUUGUCCAUGGACGAUCCGAAUUGGAAGAGAUUCUACACAAAUCUGCUGCCGCUUUCCUACAAUCUACUGCUGAAUUCGUGUCAGCAAUCCGAGCACUUUCAUCGCUUUUUGGAUCAUUUGGCUGUGAUUUCUACAAAGGUACGGAGCGAGAAACUUGUUUGUUUUCCGAAACGAAAUUCGUCUCACACACACAGGUGCCCCGAACCAUCGCCACCGCGAACCGUCGUUGCAUGUGUCAACUGCCGCACCUGAUGGGCUUCUCCCAGAAGAGUCUGGACAACUUCCAGGGCGCCCCCAAGAUAUUGGGGUUCUACAAGAAGCAGCCGGGCGAGGCGCCUCUGCCCGGACUCACAAAGCAUCGAACGCCCAUCGAAAUGGCGUUUUGUACGAUUCACGACGACGCGAAAUCGCUGCACAGUCAUCUCGCCUGUCAGGGAACCGCCAAUCUCGUCGUCGACGUUCGUUUUCGCGUUCAGUUUUGUGAAAAUUAUGCAUUUUCCAGGCGUGCACCCACAUUUGGAACGGUUCGGAGGUGAUGCCGAUGUCGAAACGGUUGAAAUCGUCGGUUCAGGACUUUUAUCAGCGACACUCGAUGACCGGACACUGUUUGGCCGUCUCGUACCGUCCGAUCUUCAACAAACUCGCCACUGCGCUCAACGGAAAGUUUCACGAGGUGCCGUUGAAUCAGGAGCACGCGAAACUUGACACGUGUCUGCCGCGGAGUCACAGUACUGGUAAGAUUUUUGAAGCGAGCGCUCCAAAAACAAAAAUUCACAUUUCACACGGUCUCCCAGGGCGCUAAUGCUAAACACAAUGCGCUCGUAAAUUGCGGAGUGUCGUUGUAACUUUUGAAAAUUUGCAGGUCUAAAAAUGCAUUUCAAUUAGAGUUUACGACCUUUAUUCCUUUCUUUUUGACUUGAAAAACGUCUAGAAAACAAUAUUUUACUGAUUGGAAACCGUUCUUUACACAAUUUAGAGUUUUUCAUGUUUUUAGCGUCUUUUUCGCAUUUCGUCAAAACUUCAAACCUUUAUAUUUCAGCUCAUUUUGCAUUUCAUGAGCCCAACGAACGAUAAAAAUGUUCGCUGAAUCUUUCUUCACAAAAUUCAGGUUCCGGCGGUUGGUUUUCUUGAGCAGGUUUCGAAAACUAUUCGAAAAACAUCAAAAUCCAGGCCAAAACCUUCAAAUCGAAAUAACUCGGCUAAUUCUCAACGAUAUGCGAGAUUUCUAGUGCUCGAAUUAUUUGAAUCCAGGUUCCAAGCGUACAAAAAAAUAGGUGUAUUGUACAGAAAACAUGGAAAGAACGCGAACUCCCGUUGAAAAUUAAUUAAUCGGCCGCCGCGUAAAUCGACACAGCCCGCCUGUUGCAUGUGCGCCCCAUUGAAAUCAUUCGCGCCGAAGGAGACCGUGGCUCUUUCAGACUCGCUAAACGACUUCACACGCACCGUGCGAACGUCGGAAGCGGUCAUCGACGAGUAUUUCACGGGAAACUGCCUGUGCGGCCUCGUCGUCCUUCACUACGAGGCGCUGCCUCAGGCAGUGACGAUAAUCGAAACGUUGGAUCGGAUUUGUGUGCGUCCGGUGUACUUUUCGAAAGAAAACGAGUUGAGAAGUCGGGUGUUUGCGGAGAAAUUGGGCAUCGAGGCCGGAUGGAAUUGUCACAUUUCACUGGCCGACGAGGAGGUCGGCACACUGGCGAAGGCGAAGAAAAUGGAGGUGGCGCACGAGCAGUUUGUGAGCCAGAAGCCCGCGCGGCCAAAGUUCUGCAAGAGGAUCGCGUUGUGAGUCGUCGUUGUGAGUCGUCAAGCUCGACGAGAAUCCGUUGCAGAAGCGAGUCGAACCUGGAGACGCUCGAUGGUGAAUCGCUGAUCCGUGGCUCGCCGUCCCUUCGCAAAAUGAGCAUGAUAUCCGCCAAAAUGGGACCGAUUCCGAACAUUGCCCGACUGCCGACGGGCAUUCAGAGUGUUCGGCCGCAUCUGGACGAAGUCGACAAUGUUCCCCUGCUUGUCGGGCUUUUCACCGAUUCGACAGUGCCCGCCGUCGAGCAAAUGAUCGAUAUUAUGCAGGUGAGCAUGUUUUUCUUUUCAAAAAAAUGUCUCGCAUUACGUUUAAACACUUCAAAACAUGCUUCAUGCACGGUCUCCAGAGCUUACAAUGGGCGCAAGUGCGCCAUUGGCGCGAACUUCAAAUUUUAACAGCAAAAUUUGUGUUUUUUGCCAGAUUAGCCACGAAAAACCGAUAAUUUCUCAUUUGUCUCUCGAUAGACCGAUUGUAUAGGCUAUUACGAAUUUUUUAGGCGCAAGAGCGUUAAAUUUGGUCAAGUCGCAAAUCACAUUUAUCCGUUUGAAGGUUUUUGGCUAAAACUGCGUGAAUUUCUGUUGCUUUUCGGUAGUUUUCGCGGUUCGAGCGCUCAAAAUGCUCGUAUUUACGUGAUUUAUCAUUCUCAAAACCAAUUCUGUCUGAAAACGGUCAAGAAAGCGCAAAAUGAGAAGUGCGGUUUUUAGGCGGCGAUCGGCGAAAAAGCGAAGUCUGCGAAAAUCGCGAAAAAUGCGCGAAAACGUCAUUAAUUCUGUGAGAACUUCAUGUCGAACAAUCAUUUUUCAUCGCCGUUGACCACAAAAUCAUGAAAACGCCAUUUGGCCGCCGAGGCGACGCCCAUAUUAUCAGUUCCGGAGACCGUGAAUUCAGAAUAUGUUUUUGUUCAGGAAAACGGAGAAGUUGUGAUGAUUGUGGGCAGCUGCCGAAAUCCGUCCAACUCGAUGCUCUUCUCGAAGGCGAACGUCUCGAUUGGGGUGGAUGAUGUGGAAGAGCCGGCGUGCCGUCUUCACGACCCGCUGCCCGAGUGCAACGUCAAUCAGAUCUCAAGCAAAUUGAUCGCGUUGGCCACCGAUUUCCGCUUGGAUCAGGCAAAGGUACGGUUUUCGGGGGGGUCCUCCCGCCAACGCCAUCUCGUUGUUCAGUUGCUCAAAGUGCCCGCGCUGAUCGUGUGCGCCCGUCACCGGAUGUCCUCGUUCCGCCACUCGCUGCUCUUCCUCCUCUACUCGUCGCUCCUCUUCUCCGUCAUUCUUCUCAUGUCCACCGUCUUCUUUGUGCCCAUCAUUUUCACGCACUCUCAAACGAUUCUCACCUCGUUCAUCCACCUUCCGCUCCUCUUUUUAGGCACUCUUUUCACGCGCUUCGAGCCGAAAUCGAAUAUUAUCCGGAUUGCUCCGAAGGUAAACGCUCCCUAUAAUCCGACAAUAUCCCCCAAUCGGAUAUUAUAGAACUCUGACGAGAUUCCGAAAGUGGAAAAGUUGAAAGCGGUGAGCACGUUCAUCGUUCAAUUCGUUCCUUCUGCGUUCUACAUCAAUUUUCUGUUCCUCUUCAUGCUCAUGAGCAAUUCCAACCUAAUGUGCUCGUUUUCCGACAUUUCCUGCCUGUUCAACACUGACGGACCGCAGGCGUUCAACGAGAGUGUGGUGUUGGACCACGUGAGCCUCUCCACCGAGACAAUUCGGCACGUGAUGGGUUUGCAGGUGCGUUUUCUCGAAAACGCGAAGAGUUGGGGCGUUGUGUCAAGAGACAAAGUUGAUCAGCGUGAAAUUCGCUAUCGAUUGGUAUACAUCAUGCCGUGUAUUGGAGCAUAAAUUUUUUGACCCGUACACUCAAUUUUUCGAGGAUAUCGUUGCGAUAUUCGAAUUCCCCAUGAAAUUCUGCGUGUUUUGACAUCCCGCAUGGUAGGCUUUGAAACUUUUGGUUUUGCGGCUCCCAAAAGAGCCCAAACCCAACAUCAAAUCUCGUCAAUUUUCACGCUGAUUCCGAAAAUCGCAAUUUCAGCUGACAAUAGUCUACUGUGUGCUCAGCUCCUCGUUCGUCUUCGGGCUCUCGACGCUCUGGUUCGAGUUUCCGAUAAAAUGUGCGGUUUGGAGUGCGUCCGUCGUCGUUUGUAUCGGUUCUCAGGUAGGAAAUUGUUGGUUUUCUGCGCGAAAAGUCGUAGUUUCAGAUCGGCUACUCGUACCUACGCGGCGUCCGGCUCCACGCCCUUUUCUCGCCCGUUCCGCUCGUCGUGUUGCUCGCGUGGAUCAUCGUUAUUGUGAUCGUGAACGAGUUGAUCAAAAUGCGACGAAUCCGACAGUUUAUGCGCGAGCAACGCAGGACUAAAUUCGAAUUCGACACCAAACUCGGCAUGAACUCGCCGUACUAG